AGUUAAAAUUAUGCAUUUGAUUAAGUAAACAGUGAAUCAGACACUGAGGCAGGCAGACAGAAUCACCGGUGGCUGUGGUGGUGGCAAUAAUGGUGUGACAGCACAGAGCUCGGCUGCUUUCGCAUUUACAUUUUAGGUAAAUGGCGUAUGCUAUCCGUUAGUUUCAUUGGAUGACUAGACCAAGCUAACAGUCACGAUUCACUAUGUACACUGUCACUGGUUAGUCUGUUCUUUAGUGGAUGUAGGCUAUGCCUGUCCAAUUCUCUAAAGAAAAUAUGGUCUGUCAGGAGUAGAAUACUCACUAGACCCACAGUAGUCGGCAGUUUUAUCACAGGAACCGCUCAUCAGGACAGGUCUAGUGGAUUUCAACAAGAUGAGGAUGAUCCUCAAACUGCACCCAGUUCCAUUUCUUUCCUGUGUCCAACUUCAGAAUCUAAGCCGUAGGUUCGUGGGAUACCAGCUGAGAGGCAGUAUACGAGACUGUUACAGUCUGCUGAAUGUGACAGACAGCAGCUCAGAUGAUGAAGUAAGGGACGCGUAUCUUAAGCUAGCCAAAGUGUACCACCCAGACUCCGGUACUGCGUCAGCCGACCCUCGAAAGUUCAAUCAAGUACAAGAGGCCUACAAGGCCAUUAAGAAUUCUAGAAGUUCAUCUGCUGAAGUAGCAAGGCAGGUAGAUGAUGAUUUAGAUUUUGACAUUCAGCACACCGUUCCUCAACAUCGACAGUUCCUCACCUAUGAUGGAGUAGGCUUUGGGACGCCACUGCAGAGACAAAAACAGUAUGCACAACACAGAGUGCGAAAAGUGGCAGAAAAUUUGUUUGAGCAAAAGAAGGCAAAUUGGAUGAAGCCAUCUGAAGCAGCAUUAGUCAACAAAACCAAGGCUAAGGCCAGGAGAAACAAAAUGAGUAACACUAUAGAACGAGUUGUGGAGGAUCUGAUACAGGAAUCGAUGCAGAAAGGGGACUUUGACAAUCUCGUGGGAUAUGGCAAGCCUAUCAACUACUCUGACAGAAACCCGGUCUUGGAUUCCACAACCUACAAAAUCAACAAAAUGCUCAAAGAGGAAGGGUUUGCACCGGACUGGAUCACGUUACAGAAAGAUAUUAGGGAUGCUUUAUCAGAAGCAAGAAGCCACCAUGCCAGAGUGAUAGAUAAAAUAGGAACUCCUCCCUUUUCUUCACCCAGUCUACAAAAAUCAUGGAAGUUCGAAUGUGAGAAGUUCAAAGGGAAAAUUUCCCUAGUCAAUGACAGUGUGAGAAAGUACAAUUUAAUAGUUCCUAUGAUGGAAAAGCAGUUAAUUCCAUAUUCUGAAGAUCGGGAACUAGAGAGGGUGAUAAAAAACCAUAGACAGUAUUUAUCAUGUGCUCCUAGGAGCGCGGCAUCUGAUCCUGUAUUGGAAUUCGACAACGGCAUGGUUAACAAGGAGGACAACUCUGUCAGGAGCUCAGACAAUGUGAUUUUAUGGGGAGAAGUUUGGCAACAAAUUAAACUUGUAUUUACGUGGAGAAAGUCGCAAACAUCAUAAAAAUAUGUCUGCUGGUCUUCAGUAAGUUUGUUAAGCUAGAUCACGAGGCCCAGUUUGAUGUCAUAAUGAGGAUUCAGAAAUUAUUGAAAUUUUGGGUCACCAUUUCUUUUUCAUCAGAUUUAGUCAUUGGGUGAUCAGAAAGUAAAAACAAUUUAUAUUAUAUCACUAAAAUGUACACAAUGGAUUAUUUGAUAUAUACAUUACUCCAAAUAGACAUUCAAUGAACCUGUGAAUUGAGGAAAUAAGAUUACUGUAACACGUUACACAGAUAGACACAUAUUCCUAAAUUUACACCUCACAUUUUGUUUACGGUAGGAGGGAGUGAUAUGAACCCUGUUGCGACUUUGCUGUCUAUAACAGAAUCACAUGUUGUCCACCUUAGUAAUCUAAAACAUAUACCAUUUUUUGUUAUAAUUGGGUAAGCACGUAAAUUUUCAGGGAUGUGACUGAAUUCUCAGAAAUCAGAGGAAAACUGGUCAGAAAGGGAGGAAAACACCUCACCCUACCGGGGAAAAUAUCAUUUUCUGCUACUUUAUAUCAAAUCCAAAGUGUUUCAUUUUUUCAAAAAUUGAGCAAAUCAGGAUUUCCUCCGAAAAGAGGAAAAAUCACACCCCUGCGUAAUUUACCUAGAAAUUCCAGAUUUAACGAAUGCAUAUAUUCUGAUAGUAAUGUUGGUGAUUGUUUUCAAUGAAUACUUGUUUGUAAUUUAAUUUUGUUGUUGGAUUUUAUUAAAGAGAAAAUGUAUAAUA